AUGACUUCGGUAGUUGGAAAUGUUGAUAAUUGUGAUGAAAUAGUUCCACGUUCAUCAAGUGUUGAUUCAGCUAUUGGUGAUGGUGGAGACGAUUCACCUGAUGAAAUUCUUGAAUGUGAAGAAGAAAGUUUUGAUGAACUUAAUGAAGAUAAUCAACAAAAUGGACAAUGUAAAGCUCUUAUACCACGUUUAAUUCGUUAUGGUUUAAAACGUACACCAAUAAUACAGUUUUCACCUAAAGUUGUUUAUGGUCGAUGUCCAGAAGCGAAAAAAAUUGGAGAAAAACAUUCAUUAACAUUUAAAUUUGUUAAAAAUGAUACAAAAUUAAUACGAAAUAUUCUUGAAGGACAUGGAUUUCGUGAAGUUCAUCCAGCUAGUUCAGAAUUUAAUAUCUUAUGGACUGGUGGAGGAAUGAAACCAUUUUCUUUAAGAUCACUUAAUCCAUUUCAACGUGUUAAUCAUUUUCCAAGAUCAUAUGAAAUGACACGUAAAGAUCGUCUUUAUAAAAAUGUUCAAAAAAUGCAACAAGAAAAAGGAGUUAAAAAUUUUAAUUUUAUUCCAACAACAUUUCUUUUACCAUAUGAAUUUGAAGAUUUUUCGGCUGCAUUUCACCGUGAAAAAGGUGUUUGGAUAAUAAAACCAGUUGCUUCAUCUCAAGGAAAAGGAAUAUUUUUAAUUAAUCAUCCUGAUCAAGUCCCAUUAGAUGAAAAUCUUGUUAUUAGUCGAUAUAUUGAUAAUCCACUUCUUAUUGAUGGAUAUAAAUUUGAUGUUAGAAUUUAUGUUGCCGUUACUUCUUAUGAUCCACUUGUUGCUUAUCUUUAUGAAGAAGGUUUAACAAGAUUUGCAACAGUUAAAUAUGAUCCAAAUUGUCGUAGUAUUAAAAAUGCAUUUAUGCAUUUAACAAAUUAUAGUGUUAAUAAACGAAGUCAUCGAUAUGUUAGAUGUGAUGAUCCUGAUAUAGAAGAUUUUGGAAAUAAAUGGUCAAUGUCUGCAAUGUUACGUUUAUUAAAAGCUGAAGGAAAAGAUACAUUUAGUUUAAUGAUGGCAAUUGAAGAUGUUUGUAUUAAAACAUUACUUUCAGUUGAAUCUCAAAUAUCAGCAGCAUGUAGAAUGUUUCUUCCAACAAGAGGAAAUUGUUUCGAGGUUUAUGGUUUUGAUAUAUUAAUUGAUGAUGAUUUAAGACCAUGGGUACUUGAAGUGAAUUUAUCUCCAUCAUUGGGUUGUGAUGCCCCAAUUGAUUUAAAAAUCAAAACUCAUAUGAUAUGUGAUCUUUUUAAUUUAACAUCAAUGCCUUGUAUUGAUCCAGCUAUUUAUUCAAAUAAAUUAAAACAACAAAACAAAGAUUCAAAUUUACAAUCUGAUCAAUUUAAACGACGUCGUCCAAUAUCUGCUGGUUAUUCAUUAACACCAACUUUAACAAAUCCAAAUAGUAAUUCACGUGGUGCACGUGCAACAACAGCGAAUCGUCAAAGUCGUUCAGGAAAUAAUAAUAAUAAUACAAAUAAUGCAAAUAAUAAUAAUAAUAAUAAUCAAGGAAAUGAAAUUUCUCGUGGUGAAUAUUUUGGUUUAUCACCUGAAGAAAUUCGUAUAUUACGAACAGUAAAAGAGGAAAAUCGUCAACGUGGUGGUUUUGUUCGAAUAUUUCCUGUGAGUGAUACAUUUGAAUAUUUUUCAAGUUUUUUUGAACAACGAACAACAUCAUAUAAUCAAAUGAUUCAUCAACGUCUUUAUCCAUCCCGAUGGUCAACAUCAGCAUUAAAUUCUCAACAAAAUCCAACAGGACAAAUUCGUCGUACAACAAUACCACGUUCAAAACAUCUUUCAUCAGCAUUUAAUUAUGGUCAUUCAUCUGAGAAAGAUUUAACACCAAAAACAAGUGGUUGUGAUUUAGAUGAAGCUCUUGAAAGAUAUAGAAUUUAUGAAAGAAGAUUAAUUGAUAUUGUUCCACCUCCUUCAACAUUAACAACAAUAACAACAACAACAACAGCAGCAUCAGAUAUUAUGGAACAACCGAAAUUUUCAGAAAAAAUUUCUAAACCUCAAAUAGUUAUUGAUAGUAUUGAACAAAAUCAAUCUCGAAUAAAUCUACAUCGAACAGUAUCAGCACCAAUUAAUCAUAUUGUAACAAAACAACAAAAUAGAAAUGAUUCACCAUCAAAACGUUUAGCUUCAGUUGGACAAUUAGUUAAACAACAACAACUUAAUACUAAUACAGCACCUGGUGAAAAUAGACAUUCUGUUUAUGCUAAAAAUGAUAUUCUUCAAAUGCUUAAUCAAGGUUUAACUUUAAGUCCACUUCAAGCUCGUACAGCAUUUGGAACAUAUUUACAACGAAUUCAAUUUCGUUUGAUGCUUGAUUCCGAAUUUAAAGAAGAAGUAACAUCAACUCAACAUAUGGAUUUAGUAAUAAGAUUUUUAAAACGAGCUGGUCAAAAUCUUUCACCACCAUUUCGUGUUGAAAUUCCAUCACGUCGUCUUUCACAAUCUGAUCAAAAACGAAUAUUAGCUAAAGAAUUAUGUGAUUUUCUUCAUUUAUAUAAUAAAGAAACUGUGACUCAAUAUCAAAAUCAAAUUUUUUCAACAAAUCAAAUUGAUAAUCGUUUAUUUGAAAAUUUUCUUCGUUCUGCUUCUGAAGCUGAUCUUGAACAAAUGAUGACUGCUUAUAUGAAAACAAAUCCAAAUUCAGCUGUACAUUUAGGUGUGAAUCCAAAACUAAUAAAAGCAACUUCACAAAAUUCUGAUGUUGGAGCUGAUCAACAUGCUCAAACAAUUUUACCUAAACAUUCAAUAGAAGAAAAAAGUAUUACAAUUAUUCAAACAAUUACAUCAAAUGAUCAAUCAUCACAAAGUUGGGCAACUUUAUCAACACAAAAUCAAUCACAAAGACGUUUAUCAAGAACAUCAAGUGCAACAAAAAAUAAAAAUAAUCAAAAAAAACAAGAUGAAAUUUAUAAACUUUAUGGAGUUUCAAGACCUGUUUCAGCUGCUGUUCCACAAAGAAAACAAUUAACAGCAACCGGAUCAUCCAUUCCUGGUACAAAAUUAUUAACUCGUGAACGACCCAAUUCAGCUUUAUUAUCAGUUGAUCAAGAUAAUAAACGAGAUUUUGUUGAACAAUUAAAUGAAUUAUCAACAAAACAACAUCGUCGACAAUAUUCAGGUAUUCAUCGUUUAAAUACAUUUAAUAGUCGUUCACCUUCAGCUGAACGUCAACACCAACAGACAAAUCUAACAAUUUCAAAUGAUUAUGAAACUACUUCUCAAAUAACAGCAACAACAACAACUAAAGAAGAAGAAGUUUUAGAAAAAAGUCGUCAAAUGCUUGAAGAAAGUAAAGCAAAAAAUGAACAAUUAGCUGAACAAGCAAAAGUAUUUCAACGAACAUUACAAAGAAAUGAAAUGUAUUCUGCACUUAAUCGUUUUGGACAUCGUCCACCUAUUUAUCCAACUGUUGUUAAAGAAACACGAACAUCAUCUUCAAAUAAUAAAUAUCAACAAUCAAAAAAUAAUAAUUCAACAAUGUCUAUGUUAAAUGAUCAACAUCGUAUAAAAUCAACAAAUUCUCCACAAGAUUAG